AUGGCUCCCACCCUUGAACUCGCCUUUACCCUCGAGGUCGACCUCUCCCCUGCGCAAGACUUCGGCACCACCCACUGUGGUCAUAGACGAUUCAUCCCAAUCACGGGUGGAACUGUAGAGGGUCCCAAGCUCAAAGCUACUAUCCUCUCGGGUGGUGGUGACUGGAACGCUCUUCGAGACGAUGGCAUGGGUCAUGUAUUUGCCAAAUACACCAUUCAAGCCGACGACGGGGCGUUAAUUAGCGUCACCAAUGAAGGGUGGAUUCGGAAGUUCGAACAGAAGUCGGGCGCAGACGGCGAUGACCCGUCGGGGGGCAAACAGGAGUCGGAAUGGUAUGCUAGGACCAAUCCGCGAUUCGAAGUGGCGGAUGGACCUCAUGGAUGGCUGAAUCGCACGUUAUUUGUUGGAGACCUUCAUCGCCCCAGUCGACCAAACCAUGUUACAAUUGAUGUAUAUUCGGUGGAAUGA